AUGGCUACGGUUCUUCUGCCCGCGCGCUUCCGCGGCGAGGCUCCCGUCACCGAAAGGACGACACCGUCGUGGUUCUCGAAGCGACUUACGCCCAUCGCCCAGUUCCUCUCCCGACUCGCGUGCUCUCAUCCGAUCCACACCGUCGUCGUUGUCGCCGUCCUUGCGAGCACCUCAUACGUUGGUCUUCUCCAGGAGAGCUUCUUCAACACCGAUGUUGAAAGUGCUACUCUUGGCAAGGCCGAUUGGUCUACGCUCGUUGAAGGUAGCAGAGUCCUACGCGCAGGACCUGAAACUGCUUGGAACUGGAAGGCCGUCGAGCAGGACGCCGUUGCCGAUGCUGGCUCGGACGCCGACCACCUUGCUCUCUUAACUCUUGUCUUCCCCGACAGCCUGUCCGCCGAAUCGUCCAGCACUGCUCCUCGCUCUCACCACGUGCCUAUCCCUCAGAAUCUGUCUAUUACAUCUCUUCCCUCUACCGAGAACCCUUUCACCGCCUAUUCCCAGGACAGCAUCCUCGCCUACGCUCUUCCCUACUCUGAGGGCCCCGAGUUCCUUGCUGCUGCCCAGGAGAUCCCCAACGAAGAUGCCGUCGAGAUUGAGACCAAGCACGGACGCGAGAAGAAAACAUGGAUCAUGAAGGCUGCCAAGGUCAACACUCGCAAAAGUGUUGUCCAGUGGGUUAGCAAUGCUUGGACUGAGUUCCUCGACCUUCUCAAGAACGCCGAGACUCUCGAUAUUGUUAUCAUGCUUCUUGGUUAUAUCGCUAUGCACCUGACCUUUGUUUCCCUCUUCCUCUCUAUGCGCAAGAUGGGUUCCAAGUUCUGGCUCGGCAUCUGCACUCUGUUCUCCUCUGUCUUCGCUUUCCUCUUUGGUCUUGUGGUCACCACCAAGUUGGGUGUUCCCAUCAGUGUCAUUCUUCUGUCCGAGGGUCUCCCCUUCUUGGUUGUCACCAUUGGCUUCGAGAAGAACAUUGUCCUCACCCGCGCUGUCAUGUCCCACGCCAUUGAGCACCGACGCAUCCAGGCUCAGAACUCCAAGUCUGGCAAGCGAUCUCCCGAGCGCUCUAUGCAGAACAUGAUCCAAUAUGCUGUUCAGGCUGCCAUCAAGGAGAAGGGUUUUGAGAUUAUCCGCGAUUACGCUAUUGAGAUUGUCAUCCUUGUCAUUGGUGCUGCUUCUGGUGUUCAGGGUGGUCUCCAGCAAUUCUGCUUUCUGGCCGCCUGGACCUUGUUCUUCGACUUCAUCCUACUCUUCACUUUCUACACUGCUAUUCUCAGCAUCAAGCUCGAGAUCAACCGUAUCAAGCGCCAUGUUGAUAUGCGUAGGGCCCUUGAGGAUGAUGGUGUCAGCCGUCGUGUUGCCGAGAAUGUCGCCCAGGGUGAUGAUGAGCUGAACCGCGUCAGGGGCGACACCCCUCUGUUUGGCCGCAAGAGCAGCAGUAUUCCCAAGUUCAAGGUCUUGAUGAUUCUAGGCUUCAUCUUUCUCAACAUUGUCAACAUCUGCUCGAUCCCAUUCCGCAAUCCCAGCUCCAUGUCCACCCUCCGAACCUGGGCCAGCAGUCUGGGCGGCGUCAUCGCUCCUCUCUCCGUUGACCCUUUCAAAGUUGCCUCCAACGGUCUGGAUGCUAUCCUCGCUACUGCCAAGGCCAACAACCGACCUACCUUGGUCACUGUCUUGACUCCCAUCAAGUACGAGCUCGAGUACCCUUCAAUUCACUACGCUCUUGGUUCUGCUGCCAGCAACCCUGCCUACGACGAUGCUUUCCACCACCAUUUCCAGGGCUACGGUGUUGGCGGCCGCAUGGUUGGCGGAAUUCUCAAGUCUCUUGAGGAUCCCGUUCUCUCCAAGUGGAUUGUCAUUGCCCUUGCUCUCAGUGUCGCUCUUAACGGCUACCUCUUCAACGUCGCCCGCUGGGGAAUCAAGGAUCCCAAUGUUCCUGAGCACAACAUCGACCGAAACGAGCUUGCCCGUGCGCAGCAGUUUAACGAUACCGGCUCCGCUACUCUUCCUCUCGGCGAAUACGUCCCUCCUACUCCCAUGCGAACCCAACCUAGCACUCCUGCUAUUACCGACGACGAGGCCGAGGGUCUCCACAUGACCAAGGCUCGCUCUGCCAACCUACCCAACCGAAGCAACGAAGAACUCGAGAAGCUCCUGUCCGAGAAGCGCGUCCGCGAGAUGACCGACGAGGAGGUUAUUUCUCUGUCUAUGCGUGGCAAGAUUCCUGGUUACGCUCUUGAGAAGACUCUCGGCGACUUCACCCGCGCUGUCAAGAUUCGACGAAGCAUUAUCGCUCGCAACAAGGCCACCACCGACGUUACCCACUCGCUCGACCGAUCCAAGCUACCUUACGAGAACUAUAACUGGGAGCGCGUCUUUGGCGCAUGCUGCGAGAACGUUAUUGGAUAUAUGCCUCUUCCCGUUGGUGUUGCUGGUCCUCUCGUUAUCGAUGGACAGAGCUACUUCAUCCCCAUGGCUACUACUGAGGGUGUCUUGGUUGCCAGUGCCAGUCGAGGUUGCAAGGCCAUCAACUCUGGUGGUGGUGCUAUCACUGUCCUCACUGCUGAUGGUAUGACUCGUGGUCCUUGUGUCGCUUUCGAGACUCUUGAGCGCGCUGGUGCUGCCAAGCUCUGGCUUGACUCUGAGGCUGGUCAAGAUAUGAUGAAGAAGGCUUUCAACUCUACCAGUCGCUUCGCUCGUCUUCAGUCCAUGAAGACCGCUCUUGCCGGCACUAACCUGUACAUUCGAUUCAAGACCACCACUGGUGAUGCUAUGGGUAUGAACAUGAUUUCCAAGGGUGUCGAGCACGCUCUGAGCGUCAUGGCCAACGAUGGAGGUUUCGAUGACAUGCAGAUCAUCUCUGUCUCUGGUAACUACUGCACGGAUAAGAAGGCCGCGGCCCUCAACUGGAUCGACGGGCGUGGUAAGGGUGUUGUUGCUGAGGCUAUCAUCCCCGGUGAGGUUGUUCGCAGCGUUCUCAAGAGCGAUGUCGACUCUCUUGUUGAGCUCAACGUCGCCAAGAACUUGAUUGGUUCCGCUAUGGCUGGUUCAGUCGGUGGUUUCAACGCCCACGCUGCCAACAUCGUCGCUGCUAUUUUCCUGGCCACCGGUCAGGACCCUGCUCAGGUUGUUGAGAGCGCCAACUGUAUCACUAUCAUGAAGAACCUCAAUGGAGCUCUUCAGAUCUCUGUCUCUAUGCCCUCGCUCGAGGUCGGAACUCUUGGUGGUGGUACUAUCCUUGAGCCCCAGGGCGCCAUGCUCGACAUCCUUGGUGUCCGAGGCUCUCACCCCACCAACCCCGGUGACAACGCCCGCCGUCUCGCCCGCAUCAUCGGUGCAGCCGUCCUCGCCGGCGAGCUGUCUCUCUGCAGUGCCUUGGCCGCUGGUCAUCUCGUCCGAGCUCACAUGCAGCACAACCGAAGUGCCGCUCCCUCUCGCAGCACCACGCCUGCUCCUCCCAUGACGCCCGUCUCCCUGGCCAUGACCAAUGCUCAGGAGCGCUCAGCGUCAACAACGUCGAUGAGCGCCGCUGCUAUUCAGAGGUCAAAGCGAUAG